AUGGAGCCAGCCAACAAAACAGUAGUGACAUAUUUUGUCAUUAAAGGGAUUUCUGAUGUCCCAGAAUUACAGCUUCUAAUUUUUUUGUUGGUUCUGCUGAUUUAUCUCGUCAUUCUCGGAGGUAACAUGACCAUUUUUCUACUGAUCUCCACGGAUCGCCAUCUUCACACUCCAAUGUACUUCUUCCUGGCCAAUCUGACCAUCCUUGACAUCUCUUGUUCUACAAUCACUCUUCAUAAAGUUCUUUUUACAUUCAUCACUGGAGAUAAGUUGGUUUCCCUUGCUGGUUGUGUGAUGCAAAUGUUUUUCUUCUUAUCUUUCACCUGCAAUGAACUGCUUAUUCUGACAGCAAUGGGCUAUGACCGCUAUGUGGCUGUGUGCAACCCUUUACGUUACCAUGUAGUUAUGAACCACAAAGCCUGUUGUUGUCUGGCCGGUGUCUGUUGGGUUUUGGGUUUCUUAGAUAUCAUGCCUUGUGCUUUGAAAGUAUCAUCCAUUACUUGUUACACAUCACGGGAGAUCAAUCAUUUCUUCUGCGACUUCGUACCAGUAAUGAAGCUUUCCUGCAGUGACACUUAUGAUUUGCAACUUUAUGUGAUUAUUGAAGGAGUUGUUCUGGCAUCCUUUGUUCCAUUUAGUCUCACUUUUAUAUCAUAUGUUUUUAUUAUAAGAAGCAUACUGAGAAUACGUUCCAGUAAUGGAAGGUGGAAAGCCUUCUACACAUGUUCAUCGCAUCUCACAAUCAUCGUUCUUCUUUAUGGCACUUUGUCUUAUCAAUACUUUAGACCAGUUGAAUAUAUUAUCCUGGGUUCCUAUAAGCUUUCUUCCCUGUUUAAUGCCAUAGGUGUCCCUAUAUUAAAUCCUCUGAUCUACAGCUUGAAGAAUAAAGAUGUCCAUUCAGCCUUGAAGAGAAUGUUAAAUAAAAAUUCUUCCCAAAUAAAAAGAGAAUAG